AUGGAUUCAGCGAAAACCAAACGACACCUCAAAAAACCACUCCCCUCCCCUGUUACGGAUCACUCUCAAAAGCGUCGCAGGAAACACAUUUUCAAAAAACAGAGAGGGAGAGAGAGUGAGAUCUCACUCACAGACAAACAACAACACUCUCCAAACCCUCCUUCUUCCUCAUCAUCACUUCUCAGAGACAUCUCCAAUUUCAAAACCCCCAAACACCCUUCCCAAAACCCUAAUCUCCACUCUCCACACCCCCAAUUCUUCACCGCCUCCAAACAAACCCCUCACUCCUCUUCCAUUCUCCGUCGCCACCGCCCUUCUCUGGCUUCUUCCUCGGCUCGAUCCAAAGUCUCCCGCAGACUCAAAGCAUUCGAGCUCGAACAGUGUAAAUCGGCACGAAAGGCCCAAAUCGACAAAGAAAAAUCUCUUAAUUCGCUCGCAAAAUCGCUAACCGUAUGGCUCAAUUUCUUGCUUCAGAACCCAGUUUCAUGCGGUUGCGAUUUGUCGAAAAUGACUGGUCAAUAUGGGUUUGAGGAAUCGGAUGUGAAGUUGGUGUCUGGGAAUGGGAAGAGGGCGAGCAGUCGAGGCGGUGGGGUUGGAGUGGAUACUCCGUGGCGGUGCCCCAAGAGGCAGAGGGAUUCGGGUUGGCGUGGCGUGGCGAGAGAAGAGAGUACGGUGUUUUUGAAUUCGAAGCUUUUGGCUUUGCAAUCCUCGUUGCGGGAUGUUUGUAGUUUUGACGAUUUGAAAGAGCGAAUGAAGGUUUACUUGAGCUUGGGUAGUUGUAAAGAAAUUUUCAAUGUGAUGACUCAAGUAACAAAGAAUAUAGAUGAAGGAAGAUUGAAAAUGAAGUCACACUGCCCUAUUGUAACUGAUGUUGGGUUGAAGGAGAAGGCCUCGAGAAUCCUUAUGUGUUAUAACCCAAUUUGGCUCCGGAUUGGGUUAUAUAUUAUUUUUGGUGGUGAUUCAUUGUUGUCAGAUGAGGACAUAAAUUCUGAAAAGGAAAUUGCAUUCUUGAAGAUGGUUAUUGAGAAGCAGUUUUUUCUAGCUAGAGUUUAUGCUUAUAACAAGUUGGUUGAGGGUUUAUAUAGACCAGGUUACUUUGAGGCAUUGGGGAAUGUUAUAUUGAAGAGAUUUUUGUUGCUUGUUCUUGUACUUGAUAGAGCUAAAUCUCAGAGCUGUCUUCCUAUCAAGUAUGGCAUUGAUGGAUUGGAUGGGGGUUCUCCUCUGCUAUUUACUUUGCAACCUAACAUUAAAUCGAGUUGUCAAGUGAUCCAUGAUUUCUUAUCAUCGGAUGUGAUGCAUGGAGAAGGUAAUGUUCUUGCUCAUCUAGUGAUUGUAGGGUACAAAGUAUCUUACUUACAGAGUCCUUUCAAUGAGUAUGACUUCAGGGUGAAAGAAUUGUUUGAAGAUCUUCAAGAUGGGGUGCGGCUUUGUAGAGCCAUUCAGCUCUUGCAACAUGACGCUUCCAUUCUCAUGAAAAUGUUGGUUCCAUCAGAUACCCGUAAGAAGAAUGUCGUGAAUUGUGGCGUUGCCCUUCAACAUCUGAAACAGGCUGGUGUGCCAUUAUUUGAUGAAGAUGGAUCGAUGAUUGUAGCAGAAGACAUUGUUAGUGGAGAUAAGGAACUCACACUUUCGUUACUUUGGAACAUCUUUGUUCAUUUGCAGCUGCCACUUCUAAUCAACAAAACGCUUAUAUUGGAGGAAAUUUCCAGAAUCCAAGGAGUCAAUGCGGAACACUUGAACAAUUCCACUCUUUUGGACAUGCUUCUGAAUUGGAUCCAG